AUGGCGAUAUGGCCUUUCGGUCGUAAGAACAAGCGGCAUAGCAUUCAAAUGGGUCCAGACGACGCAGCCGCCAUGCACGUGGCCUUCGAGCAGGACGUCAUCGCAGAACCAACUUUGGUUAAGAAGCCCACGCGCCGUUCAACAAAACGUCACAACAAGGGCAAAACAGAUGACCAUGGGACAGCAUCCGUAAUGUUGCACCCAACUGUUCCUCUUGACCGUCAAGCCUCAACCAACGAACCGCAACCACACGUCGAACAACAACAAGAUGGUUUGCCAGGAUUAAUUUCUCGACAUUCAUCUUUGUUGAAGAAGCAACCAAGUGUGAAGGGGCCGAAUAAGCUACGGAGGAAACUCAGCAAGCGCAAGGCCGAGGAGAUCUUACGAGAGCGUGAGAUCAAGAUGUUGUCUUCGACCCCAUCCAUCCAAAUACCCCACCGAACUAGUCAACACGGUGAUGAUGGAGACCAUCCGCGACGCAGAGGGAAUAACCGACGCUUGCAGCGGAAUCGCUCCACUAUCAGUCUUUCCAUCCAAGACUCUAGGACGUCUUCAAUGUCGGAUUUUUCGGACACCUAUACCUUCAAGGUAAACGCAUUUGCUGCAUUGACUCCCCGACCCGCCGUUCGCUAUGUCGAACCCCCACAACUCUCGACCAACCGAAGCAGAAAUGUCACACCCUCCGGCCGAUCAGACAAAGAAAGGUUGGCGGCUUUGACAUCGGAAGAGAACCCAUAUCACUCGAAGCGACGAAUGAAAGACUUGGCCGACUCGUUGGAUGCCGGUGAUCUGCGAGAGCUGUUGGAUCGAGAUCGCCGCCGUCGAGAGAAGAAGCAGAUUGAGGAGCAGGAAAGACUACGACGCAAAUUGCAAGAAAGGGCAGAUGCGCAUCUCGCGAAGGCGGCAGCAACAGAACGUAUCGAGGCACCCCAGAUGAUCGAGGUUCAGGUCGAAGUAGAGGUCCCGCAGGAACCUGACAACGAUAUGCCUAUGGUGGAAGAAUGCGAUGAAACGACCGAGGCUCUUCCGGUUGAACCUCCAGAGCCCCAAAUCGAGAAAGUCAGUGAACUCAUCGAGCGUGCAUCCAUCGACAGUGCCCAGGUCUUGGGAACUAUGGAUGGUGGCUCUAUUCGUUCGCGCCAGCUGGUACCCCGUCCCAGCUUUGCUCUUUCGUUCGAGCCGGGCACUUCGCGUACCACACUGUCCCAUUCGUCCUUUCGCCAAGGCAUCAGCAGCAACAGUCACAACCAUGCCUUUGGCACUGGCUCUGUCUCUGACAUGUCUGAACGCCCAUCCUCGGAUGUCAGUGGUCAGCGUGGUAGCACUAACACCAUCACUUCUUUGUUUCGGCGUGGUUCUUCUCGUCUCAAGCGCUACCGAGACCGACACAACCCGAGUCCCGAAGUUUCCAACGCCUCUCACGAGUCCUUUUACAAAAUCUCAACUCCCUCUUCACCCCCACGAACCACCGUGGUGAUCCCCACAAGGCCACUGAUCUCCCCGCCUGGUGGAGCGGUCAUGCGCGCUCAAUCCAAAUUCACCGAACAUUUCGGCGAUGAGCCCCUCUCACCCCCCGACUCACGUCUACAGUCACCCGAAAUUCCCGACAUCCCUGAGCAAUUAACAGAAUCCGCAUUAGAGCAUGAAGAAGAUACUUUCAUGGAGGAGCCAGCACCCAGUGGUGGUAUAGAUAUCAUCAACCCUCGUCGACGUCGCAGCUUCCGGUCUUGGACUGAGAGUUUUGACGCAAACCCCGACAAUGUACCUUUGUCGCAGUCUCUGGCAUCCAUCGACUCCGAAGGGUCUUGGAUGUCUGGUCAAUAUUUCAAGCGCAUGUCUGGGAAGAACAGCACAUCUAGUCCGCAUCGGACCAGCUUUAGUCCGUUUGGACCAGUUGACAUGCAAGAUGAACGCCGAGAGUCCCUUGAUUCCCGCCGUAUCAGUAAUUACAUGGAGGAUCCAGAGUUGGAGAGUGAGUCUGUCAGUGCCACUGGCAGGCCCGCUGAUGUUUGGCUCAGUGAAGUCGGUCGUCGACCUGUGGUGGUGAACCCUACAAACCGCCCCAAGUCCACCGCCAUCAUGCUCAAGAGCAUUGCCCCCCUCAACCCUAUUGCAUCGGAGGAAGAUGACAAUCCUGAAAGUGAGACUAGACCUACUCUCUCUCAACGGAUUAAGAGCAGCUACGGUGAGAUUGACCAUAUAUAG